AUUGUCCCAUUAACAUGUCUGAAGCUGCAGUACCGUAGUUCGCCACGAGAAUUGUAGGGACGCGCUGUUGGCUCGGACCAUGAAGGAGAAGAAGAAGGAGGAGGAGGACGAGGAAGAAGAAGAAGAAGAAGAUUUAACCAUGGCUACCGCUGACAGUGGAGUUAAACCUCUUCAAAACGCCAUGAAAAUGGCUAAAGUAGCGAUCCAGCUGGACGGAGGGAACAAACACAAGGAAGCUUACUGUGAAUACCUCCGGACCAUCAACUACAUAUCACACGCACUAUUGGAGGAUGCAGGGUCACAGAAGGAGAUGGAGAUGUUGGCCGUGGAGGUGGAGCGGAUGCUGAGGCUCGCCGAGCAGUGUCUGGAGCGAGCCAAGUCCUUUAUAGGGAAGACCGCCGACCCCCCCGACCUCCCCGACCUCCCCGCCACCUCCUCUUCUUCCGGUUCUCCCAACCUCUCAGAGCCACGUCAGACCUCCGGCCCCUCCGCCGCCAUCACUACCAACACCGCCUCGGGAGCUGAAACUCCUGAUGAAACCAGCCCGACGAAGGCCGGUCACCGCAGGGUGUUGUCCGAAGGUGGCGGCGAGCUCGCGCCUUUCCUGCCUCCCGAGGUCUUUCAGAAGCUGCAGACGAUCGCGUCGCAGGACACGAGCAAAAAGGAGCUGACGCCCAUUGAAGAAGCGUCACGUUUAAACCAGAAGCUGAAAGCCAGUUAUGAAGCUCGUCUGGCGAGGCUCGCCCCGGGUCAGGCCUACCAGAAGACGUCUCUGACGCUUUCCCUCCAGCGGCAGAUGAUGGAGAACCUCAUCAUAGCCAAAGCCAGACAGGAUGCUCUCCAGCGGAAAAUGGAGGAGAGAAGACUGAGGCUACAGGAAGAGGCCAACAGGAGGUUUGCAGCGUCCGGAGCAAUGACUGCAGAGGAUGAAGAGCAGCGUGUUCUCUACACCAAUGUGCUGGAGUAUGAGCAGGACCACGAUUGGCCCAAACAGUGGAAAGCCAAAAUAAAGAAGAAUCCUGACGUCACGUUGGUGUCAGAGCUCGUCUCCUACCUGCUCAGCCGAUCUGACCACCCGGUGGUGAAGCUGCUGAGGAAACACCAGUACAGAAUCUACAACAAGCUGUACCCCAUCGUUAGUAAAGGUCUCCCCCGGAGCCCCGCCCUCCCUCUGAGACCUUCUCGCAGCAUUCACAACCUGCUCCAUCCAGAGACUCAGAGGAAACCAAUCAGAGCUGCAGGCAGUAGUGUCGGUGGCCAGAGCUUCAUCAGCGACUCCUCGCUCUCCUCGUCAUCCUGCACCCAGGACCUGGACGCCCACUAUGACCACGAGGACAUGGAGGAACCUCCUGUGGCGGCGGUGGACCGGGAGAACUCGUUUGAAGAUCUGGAGCAGUUCCUGACCCAGCUGGACUGGGCCCCGGCUCACGGCAGCACAGACGACGCCGGCUCAGAUUCGGAGCUGGGCUGUGACUCCUCGAUGCAGCCGGAUCAGGACAAAGGCCACAUCCAGGAGCUGGAGAUGAGGGCGCUCAAAGAACACCUGAAGGCCAUCGUGAAAGACAUUCACAUUUCUAUUGAUCAGCUUCUGUCUCUGUGUCUUUUAUCCUUUGAGUGUCUGAACACAGCCAGCUCUAAAGACCUGUGUCUCGCCAGCUUAGAGGAAGCCUUCUUCAUGCCUCUGUGGAACGCACUCGUGGCUCUUUUCAGAAAGGUCCACAGGGAAAGAGAACAGGCCUUUGAGAUGAGUCUGAAGCUGUACCAGAAUGCUUCACCUGGAGACGUCGGCGUUGCUUCAAAACUGUACCCCCAAGACCCUGCUGUGCUGCAAGGUUCCUACCCCUACGAGUCCGCGGUUCAGGAACUGAAGCUUCUGGUUCAAGACUGCUGUCCACAGAGGAAGCUGGAGUGUAUUGUUCGGACAUUACGCCUGAUCUGUGCUUGUGCUGAGGAUUACAGGGCUCUUCAUGACGGGGAUUCUGCUCCCAAAACCGCUGCCAUCGGUGCCGACGACCUGUUGCCCAUCCUGUCCUACGUGGCUCUGCGCUGUCACUGUCCUCAGCUGGUGUCUGAAUGUGCAGCGUUGGAGGAGUUCAUUCAUGAAGGAUAUUUGAUCGGAGAGGAGGGAUACUGCCUGACCUCCAUGCAGAGUGCGUUGGCCUACGUCGAGUCGCUGCAGACAGGGGGCGCUCAACUUCCUGCAGACAAGCUCGUUUGAAGAAGGUAAAGUGAAUGUGUCAUAGUUACAUUUCUAACAAAGUAAAACCACGUCCUCCGUUCUGUGUCGUAGGCUGAUGCACCAACGGUUCAUCCCCUGCUCGUCGCUGCACUUCAGAGAAGCAACAGACCAAACCUGCAGCUUCCAAACCAGCGUCGCCUCCAACCACAAGUCAGAUCCUGGGUUGGGACCAAGAUGGGCUUUUCCUGUGACUUCAGACUUAACCAACACUGGACUUUGGACUCGGCUUUAAACGCCCAAACUGCUCUGGACGUCAGAAAUAACCGGUCCAAGCAUUUCCUGAUGCCUUCAGACUUUAACUUGCUCAUUUUUUUUGCAGCACUUUGCACGUCAUCAACUGAAUGCAACAUAGCGAACGUCUCCCUGCAGGGACGGUCUUAAUUUUUUUUAUUUAUUUGUUUUUUCCUUAUGACCCAUUUUAAACAGGACUGGUAGAGGAUAAUUUGUCUUUUAGGAUGUGGUUAGUAAGAGACGUACGGGUCAGACCAACAUCAGAAAGUGAAUAAACUGCAGCUCUGUCCUGUACGUCUUUACAAAACUAAGCUGCUACUUUUACCAAAUGCAGGCUCGUGAGCAGCUUUCAUUUCUUUUCAUCGUGCUCCCAGACAGGUCGAUAUGUUUCAGUCAGAUUAGCAGAAGCUUUUGGUUUGAUUUCUUCCUUCGUUCCUCCAGAAACCAAACGUGAAUCUGCAGCCAGGUUGUUUGACUGGACUGAAAAGGACUCGGCUGCAGCAGAUCAUUUUUAAAAGUCAAAUCUGAGAGAAAACGAGGGAACGUGUCCGUUAAAUAAUCUCCUCUUUCACUGAGGUGUUGAGUGAAGGCACUGCUGGUCUGGACCGAGAAUUUGUCUUUCUUUUUUUUAAUGAAUGCACGUUUAUAAAUCAGUACUGUGAGUUAAUGUGGGUGUGUCAUUUUGUUUCCUCCAAGUUUUGUUUUCUUGCAAUCCACAGAAUUAAAAAUGCACUUUGGGUGUGGAGGCGUUCAGGGAGCGAGCUUCACUGGAUGGUGGCGUUGAGUUCAGGCGGAGACAGACUUGCAGGAGAAGGAGGAGAAGGUGGAGGAGCUCAGGAGGGAGAUCUGAGGGAAGUUUGAGGUAGUGUUUAAUGUUGCACACAGGCCGAGCCACAGGGACUGCAGGCACAUAUGGAAUCUAUAAUUUUUCUCUCUUACCUGCAUAUGAUUUUAAUUUUUUUUUUAUGCAAAUAUUCAAACUUCCUACAGUUACCUCAGAGCAAACAUCCGUUUAUAUAAGGGACCUCGUUUUGUCGUGUUUACUUUUAUUUUUUUCUGUAGUAAUGUUUUAAAUACAUGCAGACAUCAGAGUGAGAGUCACUGGAAUUUAUUAUUUUUAUUUUUUUUAGCCCGAUAUCUGCAGUCGACUACGAACUAGAAACAGCUGAAAUCUGAGAACGAAUUUAAAGUCGUGGUGCGUUUACGUGUCUGGAUUAAACUCCGACAUGUGAGACUUGCACCACGGUAGCAAUGAAGUGCGUUUUUUAAACAGAAAUGUAAACCAGUAGCUCAGGAUUAGUUGAAUAAAUCACAGCGCGCUUCAGCAGACAAGAAGAGUUGAAAUAAAAUGUGCAGAAAAACAAAGCCUCCACCAAAACCUUCAGCAAAUAAUUUUAUUUGUUUGCUUGAAUUUACUAUUUAAAAUAUAUAUUUUUAAUUUUCUUCAGGUCCAAUAAAUGAGAAAAAAAUUUCUCCAUAGCUUUUUUUUUGGUUGUUGUUUUUAUUUGUUCCCACCAAAAACACUUAAUAAAUAUUUAUGUAAUUAUUGACAAUAAAAUGGCCGCUACGCUGAUAUGUGA